GCCCCGCACUACUUCAUCGGGCUCAGUAGUCGUUUCAUGCAGUCCUCCGCCGCCCACGGUCAUGCCCGCCCCUCGCGCCCCGCUCCCUCGCCCACUCGCGGAGGAGGCCACUUGCGUUAGGCCAGUGACUGCUGAACUCUGCCGCGCGAGUAUGAAUCAGGCUGUCCCCGGGGUGAGCCUGAGUCCCGGCCACGAGGGAGGCGGCUACGGGGAGUGCCAGGUGCCCUCCCCCUCCCAGUGGUCCGACCCCUGCUACUCUCCCCCCUCCUUCCACUCCCCCCAGCACCUGCCCGGGGAGCUCGACAAGGUGAAGGAGGAGCCCUUCUCCCCCCCGCCCUCCAGCACCUACGUGUCCCUGCCUCCUUCCCCCCCGACCUCCCUCCCGCUGUCUCUCUCCCCUCAAGCCCUCUCCCCUCAAGCCCAUCACCACGUGUCCAUGACGCCCCCGGGCCCCAUGCACGUGUCCGGCUCGGGCCCCUCGCCGCACCACGUGUCCCCCUACGCCCGCCCGCCGCCCAGCGCCAAGAAGGACGGCUUCGAGGCCUCCAUCAACAUCACGGAGCUGCUGGCCGAGAACCAGGCGCUGAGCUCAAGCCUGAGCCCCUCGUACGGCGCCUACCCCGACCACCCCCUUCUGCGCGGCCGCCUGGAGGACAACGCCCAGAAGAAGGUCGGCUUCACGUGCUCCUCCAACGAUAACCUGAGCUUCCUCGACACGCUCGUGGACGUCAAGCAGGAGGUCGAGGAGGAGGUGAGCGUCGGGUCGUCGUGCGGGUCGCCGGCUGCGCCCUCGCCGGGAUGUGCCAGCCAGAAGGAGAUCUUGGAGACGGUGGAGCUGGCCCUGGAGCACGCCAGGAGGGACGUCCAGCGCGUGUCGGAGAGCCUGAACAUUCCUCGUGACCCCGCCCACUGGAGCGUGGAGGAUGUGCGAAAGUGGCUCAAGCUUCAGGCGGCGCAGCUCAACCUCCCCCCUCUCAUGCUGGACUUCUGGAACCUGGCCGGCCCGGCGCUCCUCAAGCUGACGGAGGCGCAGUUCCGCCAGCUGGCGCCCGUGGGAGGCGAGCUCCUCUACGCGCAGCUCGAGAUCUGGCGCGAGGCCCUGCGCACCGCGCCCAAGCUGCCGCACAACUACUACUGGCACCUGCAGGCCGACCCGCAGGCCGCCGCCAUGCCCAUCCAGCCCAUCCACUCGCAGCCGCAGCCCCAGCAACAGCAGCAACCGCAGCCGCCGCAGCCGCAGGCGCCGCAGCAGCAGUGCCAGCCGCAGGUGUCGCCCAGCGCCCAGAUGGGGUCUCCGAGGAGCUCCCCGCUGGGCCUGGCGCCGAGCCUGAGCCAGGUGCCCACGCCCGUGGCGCAGGUGGCGCAGCAGCAGCAGCACCAGCAGGCGCCCUCGCCCCUCCAGCCCGCCCCGGUGGGCCAGCCGCAGCAGGCCGGCGCCGCCCCGCACCCGUCGCCGGCGGCGCAGCAGCAGGCCAGCGCAGGUCCGGUGUAUCUGGAUGAGCCGUGCCUCGACAUGGCGGCCCUUCUGCAGCAGCAGUCCGGCAGCCCGAAGGCCGCCCACGCCGCCUCGGUGCCCGCCCACUCGCCGCAGGACGACGCCUACGACUCUGAGGGUGAGUGUCAGCGGCCUUCGUCAAGCACAC